AUGGUCUGGUUUUCUGUGCCCGUGCUCUUAAUUUGGCUUCUUCUUCAGGUGGUCUGGAGUCAGCCUGCUCCAGAGACAACUGGAAUAGAUGUGGAUGGAGGAAUUGAGCAAGACAUCUUUGACAUCAAUGAAGCUUUAGGACUAGACCUUUUUGAGGGAGACAUCAAACUUGAUAGGGACCGAAACUCCAUCAUUGGUGACAACUAUCGGUGGCCACGUGUUAUCCCCUAUGUCCUUGAUGAUAGCUUGGAAAUGAAUGCUAAGGGGGUCAUCCUCAAGGCAUUUGAACAGUAUCGACUGAAAACCUGUAUUGACUUCAAACCUUGGGAAGGGGAGAAGAAUUACAUAUCUGUCUUCAAAGGAAGUGGCUGCUGGUCCUCAGUUGGAAACCUUCAGCAUGGGUUGCAGGCGCUCUCCAUUGGAGCCAACUGUGACAAGACUGGGACAAUCCAGCAUGAGUUCCUGCAUGCCCUGGGAUUCUGGCAUGAGCAGUCACGGUCUGACCGGGAUGACUACGUGUCCAUCAUUUGGGACAGGAUUCAGUCUGGUAAAGAACAUAAUUUCAACAAAUAUGAUGAUAAAGUAUCAGACUUCUUGAAUGUUCCCUAUGACUAUACUUCUGUGAUGCACUACAGCAAAACUGCAUUCAGGAACGGAACUGAACCCACCAUUGUCACUAACAUUCCAGACUUCAUGGAUGUAAUAGGACAGAGAAUGGAUUUCAGUGAUUAUGAUCUGCAGAAACUAAACCAGCUGUACAAUUGCUCCUCCUCCUUAACUUUCAUGGACACAUGCAGUUUUGAACUUGAAAGCAUAUGUGGCAUGAUUCAAAGUUCAGAUGACAACACUGAUUGGCAGCGUUUGUCUCAAGUUCCUGCUGGGCCAAACACUGAUCACACUAAUAUGGGAGAAUGUGAAGAUUCUGGCUACUUUAUGCAUUUCAACACCAGUGCUGGAACAGAAGGAAGCACAGCCACCCUGGAGAGUCGAAUUCUGUAUCCCAAAAGGAAUUUUCAGUGUUUACAGUUCUAUUUUUAUAACAGCGGUCAUGAAAGCGACCGGCUGUAUGUCUGGGUCAGGGAGUAUCCUGCAGCCCAUCCAAACGGUACUUUGAGAUUUGUUGAAGAGAUUAAAGGUUCACCUGUGACCUCCUGGCAGCUCCAUCAUGUUUCUUUGAAUGUCACAAGCAAAUUCCGGGUUGUGUUUCAGGGUGUGAGAGGAAGUGGCUUAUCAAAAGGAGGCCUCUCUAUCGAUGACAUCAAUUUGUCAGAAACUCAGUGUCCCCACCAUGUCUGGGAUAUCAGAAAUUUCACACAUCUCCUCAACACAAGUCCAGCAGGGGCAGCAGGAAGAAUAUACAGUCCCCCUUUUUACUCUAGUGAAGGAUAUGCUUUCCAGGUUGGCUUGGAUGUAAAUGGUACUGCUGAUAACCCAUUUAAUUUAGCAAUAUACUUUCACUUGAUUUCUGGAGCAAAUGAUGACCACUUGCAAUGGCCUUGUGCAUGGCAACAAGUUACCAUGAUUCUGCUUGACCAGCAUCCUGAUAUUCGUCGACGGAUGUCAAACCAAAGAAGUAUAACAACUGACCCCUUGGAAUUAUCAGAUUCUUCCUCAACUUUUUUUUGGGAUAGGCCAGAUAAAGUGGGAUCUCCAGCAUCUUUUCCCAAUGGAACUAUGUUCAUGAGAGGUCCAGGAAGUAGAAUAAGUGCAUUUUUAACUCACGAAAGACUUAGAAGCCGCAAGUUUAUUAAAGAUGACAGUGUUUAUGUUCUUUUAACAAUGGAAGAUAUAUCACAUCUACUAUCGACUCAGCCAAGUACUUCACCUAUGACCACUGGCAACACCAUCACACCUACCUCACGUGUCACUACCACCACAAAGCGUCCCACCACCAAACCUACCACCACGAAGCGUCCCACCACCAAAUCUACCACCACGAAGCGUCCCACCACCAAACCUACCACCACAAAGCGUCCAACCACCAAGCCCAUCCCCACCACCCAAACUACCACCUCAAUACCCUCUGUCACCCUGACUGAAAAGCCAGAGGUUCCAGAUUCCUGUCCAGGCAACCCUUGUGAAAAUGAUGGUGUCUGCGUUAUUGUAGAUAGAGCACCAGUUUGCAGAUGUCCAGCAGGUGAUGACUGGUGGUACAUGGGAGAAAAGUGUGAAAGGAAAGGCUCAACUCAAGAAAAUACUAUAAUAACUGUUUCUUCAACUAUAAGUGUAUUUGUUGUAAUGCUUAUUGUCACUAUCACCACCUCAGUGUGCCUUAAAAAGAAAUACAGCCAUGGAAAUGGACAUGGGGAGAGACUGUCUCUAGAAGAACUGCAGGAACUUGUCAUUCCCUACCAGCAUCUCCAGAAGCACAGGUUCAGGCAAUUGAAAGAAGAUAAAGCAUUAGAGAGUCAUGUUUGUGAGCCUUCAAGUUCCCAGUUGAAGGACUCUGAUAAGAAACCCUCCAUGUUUUAG